AUGACUCUGGCUCCGUCGAAGCGAGUCACUGUCCGGGUCUGGACCCUGAUUGACAGUCAAAACUAUAUUCGUUUUUAUAGAUGUCGCUACUCUUCAACCACGCAGGCAGCAGAGUCAACGCGGACCACCAAACGACGCGAAUUCCACGACUACUUCGUUACGCAUCUUCCUUCAUCCUCGCUUCAUCCAGACCCAAGGGGCCCCUUAACAUCGUUCCAUAAACUUCCUCGGUCGGCGUCCGUGCCCCAUACUGGAGAGUCCACACACUCGCCAACAUCUUUCCAAGCCCUAACUAGUCGAGAGACAACGGUAGUUCGGAUUCCGCUACGCAGCGCAAAACAUCAUUUUGGAGCAGCAACCUCACGAGGAACUCGCCCUUCAAAUGAAGAUACCUACCAAGCCGGAGUGAUUGAUAUUCCUGCUUUCGCGAAGCGGCCGCCUGCCUCCCUAACGAUCAGGAACCGGAGUGCGCGGGUCGCUGGUCUUCGCGAGAAUAGAGGUGCGGACAGUGCAAGUGGCGACCCCCAAGUGUUCUAUUUUGGCAUUUUCGAUGGCCACGGCGGGUCAGAAUGUAGUACAUUCCUAAAAGAAACGCUACAUGAAUAUAUUCAAGAUACUGCCGCUGAAUUCGAGCUGCAGUCGAGUUUGAGAAAGGCUGGUGAGAACUCCGCGUCUCCGGACGCUGAGAGCGAGUUGCCCAUUCGGCAAGGCAGCAACGUUGCGCGGGUUCAAAGGUUAGAAAAGUCUCUAGUCCAGAGCUGGAGAAAUCUUGUUGGAGGGUACUUUAGAAGAUUUGUACCUCCGAACUUCUCGCACCUCGCCAAACAUACUGCAGAGGAAUCAUCAUCAGUGCCAGAGAAUAACAAGGGGGUCACAAUUGAGGAGAUUCUGGAGUAUGCUUUCUUGCGUGCAGACUUGGACUUUGUCUCCGCCCAAGCAUCAAGGGAGGAUGACGAGCUGAGCAAUGUCUGCCGUCCGCUUUACCAAGACGAUAUUCUUUAUGGACCGAGCCGCUCACAGUCCCUAAACAUUGCUGGCUUGAGACGGUUCAAAGGUGGAAGCACGGCUAGUACUGUACUCAUUUCCACGCCCACGCCCGCACCCUUCUGGCACCCAGCAAGCCCAUCUAGCUUGCUGGUGUCGCAUGUCGGUGAUACCAGGAUACUGUUAUGCUCAACAGUCACCGGCGAGGCAAUUCCGCUUACAUCUAAUCACCACCCAUCUUCUCCGAUUGAAGCCAACCGGCUACGGCGAUAUGCCGCUACGUUUGUUACUGAUUCAUUUGGUGAAGAGCGCAUUAGUGGCCUAGCUAACACUCGUGCAUUUGGCGACGUACAAUCAAAACGAAUUGGAGUGUCGGCUGAACCUGAGCUCCGUCGAUUCGAGAUAGCCCCCGCGGAGUACUCGUUCCUGGUGCUAAUGUCAGAUGGUAUCAGCGAGGCUCUUACUGACCAGGAAGUGGUGGAUAUCAUUAAAGAAGCGAAGACUCCAGAUGAAGGGGCUCGACAUGUUGUCAACUUCGCCACUGAAGUAACUAGGACCGGCGACAAUGCUACUUGCCUCGUUGUGCGACUCGGCGGCUGGGAGCGACGAUUGGAGGGGGGUUUAGGAAGUUUGGGAACAAAAGAAUCUCGCGAAUUCCGUCGACAAGAGGCUACAGAUCCGCGCAGGUCACGGAGAUGA